AUGAAGGAAUUAUUGGCUGUGAUAUUGGCGUUGGCCAGUGUGGUAGCAGAGGCUCCGGCGCCCUACGCUCCAAGCGGCUGGAAACCUGAAGGCCCAGCCUUCGUGUUGCCGCAACGAGGACAGUUGCAGCCACAGCAAACCCAAAACUAUCUGCCACCUUUUGACCCAAGGAAUCCAGCCAUUCCGGUAAUACCUAGCAACGAGUAUGGAAUACCCAAUGACGUGUCAGUCCAAGGUCUACCUACUCAGGAGCAGCAGCCAAUAUUCCAGACUUCUCCAAUAAAUGGCCAAGAGAAUCAAGGGCCAUAUUUUACUUCUGACAUUAAGAACUUAGACGAAAACCUCAAGCAGAAUCAGUACCAGAUCCAACAAGAGAACUACCGCACUUUCCAGAGGCAAAAGCAACUAGAGGCAGCUCAGGCUAAGAAUCAAGCUAAUAACCUUCCUGCACCACAAGCCCCAAGGCAAUUCGCUUCAAAAACCACUGCGCGACCGACUUCGACCACGCCUGCUGAGAGGACCACAGAAGCUCCCGCCACUCAAGUCACCGAAGCCAAUCUGAAUGAACGAGAGAUCUUAGAAGACGACAGCUCUCCAGCCAAGCUACAACAGAAGACAUCUGUGGAAAUCACGAGACAGAACAUUCAGCAAUACCCUGGGGAGUUGUACCUCGCUUCGUUGGCUCAGCUACAGCUGCAACCACAAUUUGUUCCUUUACAACAAAUUAGGGAUAGCUACGUCCAGCCGCUGCAAGUUGAGCAGAAGCCAGCUGGGUUCGAUGGACCUGCGCACUUCGCUGCCUUCCCUUCUGUACUCGCUCAGCAACAGGUUGAAGUUCAGCAAAAUAUAAACAGAAAUCCGCCGCUUUUGAUCGGAGAACAAGCCCCACCAAACUAUCUGGUUCAACAGCCUGCAGCUCAGUACCAACCUGCUUACCAAAGUAAUUACCAACAACCAAUCGCUUUGCAGCCACAAGCACUCCAGCCAAACUAUCUGGCUCCCAACAGCGAAGCUGUCGGUAUUCAACAGCAAGUGCAGUAUCAACCUGCCGCUACCUACCAAUCUCAGCAGUUCCCUCAACUGCAGGCUCAACCGGUCCUUCUUCAACCGCAGCAAAUAAACCAGCCCACUCAAUUCGCCGCGCAACCAGCCCAAGAAUCAGAGAACAGCAAUCGGGAAGAGGUUGAAAAUAUCCAGCCUCAAGUUUAUCAACCUCAACCUCAACCGAACUACCAGCAACCUCAAGUAUAUCAGCCGCCUGUCUUCGUUCAGCAACCCGUCAAUCAAUAUCAGGCCCCACUUUUCCCUGCCCAGCUGAUCAGUCAAGAUCAGCUCUAUCAAGGGCAAUUCCAGCCUCAGUUUGUAGCUCAGCCUGCCCAACAAAACCAAGGUACCUUGCAAAGUGGGCUGGACGUAGAUCAAGAAGGAAACGACCUUGAGCAAUCCGAGGAGGCCGAAGAUGAUGACGAGGGGUCGAAAGCGACUGCAGUGGCCACCGUAUUUGGAGCAAGGACCCAGCCAAGAGUUAUCACCCAAUAUGGAGCUCCUUAUCCAGUGCCGAGGCAGCAGGCGAGCCCUGGAUACCAGACCACUACUGAAUCAGCUGUCGAAGAAGUAACGGAGGAAGGUCCUGCCAUCGCCCAGGCCGUGGCGGUCUCCAACGGGGGUAGGAGGAAAAAUGCUAAACUCAGGACUCGUCGUCUUCGUCCCGUGUUUACAUUGGACAGAUCCGGACAUUUGGUUUUAGCACAAGAACAGUAAACCAAUGAAACAUUACCAAUGAAAAUAGCUUUCGCAGCCAGAAUCCUUAUCCAAAAAUGCCACUAUUUCCUUUCGCGAUCUAAUGGACGUUAACGUUUGGGGUAGAAGAUAAUUCUAAUGUUAUUUGUUACCAUGCAGAUUUCGGAAGGAAUUUGUUCGUCCCGUUGUAUUAACCCAGAAAAGCAAAGACUAAAUAUUUAUGAACAUUUCGGUUCCAAAAUCAUUAAGUACUUAAAAACAUUUUUCGGUGAUGACAUUCGGUUAAAGAUAUUGUCGGACUUUUCUGUUAUAACUCGAUGAAACAAUUACUAUCAUUAAAAUAAAUUGGCUAGAGAAUUUGGUGACUUGCUAACUUUGUUAUGUGAAGAGGCAGCCUACAUAAAGUCCAAAAUUUAAAUUGGUUCUUCCCAACUUCACUUCUCUAUAAUUAUUAAUUUGCUCGCUUGUGGUACAAUAUAGAAUUUUCGAAAAUAGGUUCUAUUGUUUUUUAGCAUGUUGUUAUUGUUCAUGAUUUUAUUCAUGGAGAAAAUAUAAGACUUGGCUUAAAAGUCUCUAUAUCAGGCCAUAAAAUCUAUAAAAAAAAAGAUUUUGUUCAUGAUAAAAUCUUCAUUUUCCUAUAUCCUCUUUUGUAAUUAUAAGU